UCGUUCUCUGAGAUGUUUGUAAAGUUCCUGGAGAUUGAGUCGACGCCCUCUCUGCCUGCACCGAGGCUUCCAGUUCACGACAUCAAGCCUCUGAGCGCCCCGCCUCCAAGAAGAACCGCCGCUCCUGCCUCCAGCACGGCCACGGGAGCUGCAGCAGCCGGUAGGCGAGCCGGGGACUCGAACCCCUUCCUGGCGCCGCGCUCCGCUGCAGUGCCCCUGCUGGCCAGUUCAGGUUCUGCCGGCUCAGGUGGAGGUCACCUGCUGAUGAAGCCGAUCUCUGACAACCUGCCCACCUUCACACCUGUGCCGGUCUCAGCGGAGGCCAGCGCUGGAGCCGUGCUCAAAGACUUGUUGAAGCAGUGAUCAGAGAGACGCGCUCAUGUUGACACUACACAGACGGAGACUCCUUUAUCAUUCCUACUUAAAGUCUAUAAAGGUUAUUCUGGUGUUUUUAAAUCUGGGACUUUUGGGUCUAAAUGACCGACAGGUAGAAAUGUUUGCAGGUUGUGAUGACAUCAUCUGAACCUGCCGGCUGCAGAAUCAUGAACUGUAGUGAACACGAUUUGAUUUGGUGCUUUCUGUCUAAAAGAAUAUUUUACAGCCGUGAAGCAGAGGACACACUGCACGACUUCACGCCCAUUAGUCAACCAGGUUUUGAGUUAAAUCACUGAAUUUAAAGUCUGGCUAAAUGUCAGCUCGAUGUGCGUCGUCUGUGCUCAUAACGGACCGAUCAGCUGCUCCCGACCGCUCGGAUGAUUUUCUAUCAUGUACACAGUCAGAGCCGAUUUACAGCACACACAAACUGUCAGAGUCUAAAAUCACCAUGGCAACAGCAGGCCUGUUAAUAACUUUUCGUCAUUUGACCCCAAAGAUAAAAACUAAAACAGAUCAGUGUUUUAAAAAUACCAGAUUAACCCAUUAAUGCUCCCUUUGUUUGGGGGGGGGGGGUCAUACUUUUUUUUUUAGGUUUUUACUUUGAGUUACUGUUCUAUGCAUCAGAGUCUCCCUUUACACAUCAGUACCAGUGUUCACACUCAUGUGAACUCACUCAUCACUACUGUCAGGUGCUGACACACGAGUUAAUAAUGUUCAAUGAAGAGACUCCAUGUGCACGAGGGGGGGGGGGCAGUUUGAGCUCGUGGGUCCUUUAGAUUGAAAGCUGCAGAGUAGAUUUUCAUAGAAAGACUUUUUUUGAUCAUAUCUGAAGUUUUUGAUUUGUAUUCAUCGCUCAAGUUCCUCGCACAAGUGAUCUUGUAAAGUGGCGGUGUGCGGCUCCAUGCGUUCAUCAUCCCGUCUCUCUGCAGGAGGAAACACCUCGUGUGUCCUCCACUUUCCAUUCUCUGACCCGCAGCCUUCACUCCUCGUCCUCCCCGAGCUCUUUCUGAUCCAGGACUCUCUGGCAGCAGUCGCCUGUCUGCAGAUUUAUGUGCUUCACUACAUCUGUUAAAAGCAUAAAAAGACUUUUCUGCUAAAUCGUGUCUUUUCCAGACAUCCAGACUGUGAUAUGCAAUAAGCGUUGUAACUGUGGCUGCAGCCUGCGGUCGAUCAGAAGCUGGAGACUGCUCUUAUUUUGAAGUACAGUACUAUUAUAUAGUUCUAUUAUAUAGUUCUAUAUAUAUAUAUAUAUAUAUGUGUGUAAAUGGGUGGGUUUUUCUUAUUUAUGGGCACUGAGGACGUUCUGGAAGUUAAGUGCCUGCAUUUUUUGCUAAUUAGAUGUAAAAUCAGGAUUGUAAAUGGUUAAUAUAAAUAUAUAUAUUUACAAAAAUGUAAAAAAAACUGCACAUUGAAGAAGUUUGACCUGACCAGAGCUGGACAGCGGGACACUGAGCCGCUGGACGUUUUUUAAAGGCAUUGAUCAGCUGCUGCAGCAGGAAUGUUUCAGCGUCUCUCCAGGUGGAUCUAUGAAAUGUUUGAGCUGUCAAUCCUCGCUGUGAAGGAACUUUUGAAAGUGCAACAUUUGAAACUGAGAGGCAUCAAAACAUUCGGAUUACUUUGAUCUUUUCCUGAGGCUAGUACCCUUCACUUCAUUGGAAAUCAAAUAAAGGUACUGCUGACCCCUAA